GAAAACAAAGAAGAAGAAGAGUGACGGAUCGCAGGUCUGCUUCUGUUCUCCAGCAGGAUCUUCAUUGGUUUCUCUGGGCUGUCCUGGUCUGUUCUGGUCCUGGAUCAGAUGCCUGGGUUUCAGUGUCCAGGUUCGGAGGACUGUUAGCCUGUGUGCUAAGCAGUUACCUUCACUGCGACAGCUGCUUUCCGGCAAACAGAUUAUGACGUCAGCGCGGAGGCGGAAGAGAUAGAGCAAACUGCGCAACGUUAAUCAGAUCCGCUGAGUCGAUAAUUUAUCAAUAACCAAUAACAGAAACCUCGCUGUGACGUCAGAGGGAGAUGAGACGCACAGGCGCAGAACUACGGAUCAAUUUCAGCCCAGGCCGCGUGCAGCUGGUUCAGGAGGAGGACUUGGUCCCAGCUCAGAGGGUUCUGGUAACCGGGGCAACUGGUCUUCUGGGUCGAGCUGUCUGCAAGGAGUUUCAGAACAGUGGCUGGUUUGUUAUUGGAACUGGAUUCAGGAGAGCCAGGCCCCGCCUCCUCCGCUGUGACCUCACAGAUGAGGAUGCCAUCAAAGGACUGCUGCAAGAGUACACGCCCGAUGUGAUCGUACACUGUGCGGCGGAGCGACGACCUGAUGUCGUGGAGAGACACACUGAAGCAGCUGUGAACCUCAACGUAAACGCUACGAGCAUGCUCUCUAAGGAGGCUGCUGCCUCUGGAGCGUUCUUCAUCUACAUCAGUAGCGACUAUGUAUUUGAUGGUAGGAAUCCUCCGUAUGGCGAAGACGACAGUCCGAAUCCUCUGAACGUUUACGGACGCAGCAAACUGGAGGGAGAGAGAGAGACACUUAGACACUGUCCAGGUGCGGUGGUGUUGCGGGUACCUGUCCUGUUCGGGGAGGUGGAGGCAGUGAUGGAGAGCGCAGUGACAUCACUGUGGAUGAAGGUAGAGACGACAGAAAGUUGCACCCUGGAUCAUUGCCAGCAACGAUUUCCCACAGACACACGAGACGUCGCUACUGUCUGCAGGAAACUGUCUGAGAGAGCAAGACAGGACCCGUCUGUCAGAGGAGUGUUUCAUUUUUCGGCGAAGGAGCAGAUGACUAAAUAUGAGAUGGCCGUCUCCAUGGCUCAGGCGUUCAACCUCCCGUCUCAUCACCUCAUACCUCUUACGGAGCAGCCAGCGGCAGAGGUGACUCUUCGUCCAGUCAACAGUCAGCUGAACUGUUCACGUCUGGAGCUGCUUGACCUCAGUGUCACACCACGACCUUUCACCUCUGCCAUCACAGAUGCACUGUGGCCCUUUACGCCCGACAAACGCUGGAGACAGACUGUCUUCCACUGAGAGACAGACGGGUAGAGAGACAGACAGACCAUGCUCCAUAGACAAACAGACAAGUAUAGUCUUCUCCAUCCUUUGUCUUUGGCAGUGUCACAUUUCAGGCUCCUCCCCCUCAGAAAAGAACCUCUCUGUCCUUUUGGACUACGUAUCCCACAAUCCUAUGAGUCCACUUUUGCAAUGACAGAUGAUGUGAGCAGGUGUCUCAGGUGAAUAAGCACCUGUAGAAAAAAUCCAUUCACAGUGGCGUCACCCGGUCUGUUGACCUGCUGGUUGACCUCUUUGUGGGCGGAGCCUCAGAUGAAACUCCUCAUGAUUUAUUUUUUGUUUCAUUCUGAUAUUUGGACGUGAUCAUUAUUCACUGAGAUCUAUCUGCAGGUUUAUUUUGGGAUUAUUUUUGGUUUGUUUUGAAUGUUUUGUGUUUGUGAAUGAUGUCAUAAUUUAAAAAAAUACAUUCAUGUUUAAAGUUCAGACCUUAAUCAGGUCUUCAAGUUCAAACUUCAGAUUCUGGAGAAUCUCUGGACCAAAUGCUUAGGUGUCUACAGUGUCCUACAGAGGACAAACAACAUUCAAUAGUUUCUGGUCUAAUAUGAAAACAGGUCAUGUCGAUGUUUGUUCACUUGUUUAAAUUACUGUUAACCAAUCACAUUAAACACCUGAAAACUGAA